CUUCUGCGCAUGUGCAUCCCCGCCUUCUCCUCCCCUAGUCCUUGCCCGGCCUCCAGCCCCUCGUGGGAAACAAUCCCUGGCCUCCCGGUCCACUCGGCAAGGGAGCUGCGGUAUCCUGAAGCCAUCGAAGGCUGUGUGACGGUGGAAGGUCUGGGACAAAUUUAAGAAGAGCGAGGUGAGCUGGAGCUGAGACGGGUGGGCUCGCAGGCUACACAGGAAAUGUCACCUCUCUGGAGAGUUUGUGAGGGCAUGGUCGGGGAUGAAAGGCUCACCAGCCAUAGCUUAAGGAAUUCUGUCCUUACCCCUCCCUAAACAACUGCUACUCCCCUCGUUCUUCCUCCCCUCUUUCCCGAGGUGAGCUGCCCUCAGACAGUGUCCCAUUGUUGAUGGCAUUUAGAGGGAUGCUGAGGUUCCCGCUCUCCCGGCCUUAUAGCCGCACAGGAUGGUAGUGCAGGCAGGUCCUUUUUGAGUUAGACGUUUUGACCUUAUUUGAAAGAUUAAAAAAAUUGAGUCUGAGAAGGUGAAGGCUGACACAAUUUGUUAAUGGCAGAACCAAGAUUAAAAGUCAAGUCUGCAGAUUGCUAGGCUACUGCCCAUUUUGUCACUGUUAGGUCAAAGUUAGUUUCUUAUUAAAAGAGCCUUUUGAAAAUUGUAAGCAGGUUAGAACAAACAUUUCAAAAAAUGUAUCUUCUUAAACACCCCCAUCCCUUUUUUCAGAGGUUUCUUGGAUUAUCUGACCUCAUGGGAUUAAUGGUGUUACCAGGUAAAUAGAUAAACAAGUUGGCUUGAGGGCUUUUUUUCCCAACCCUGCAACGUAAGGUUGACAAAUCCAUAGUGUUUCCUCCUCUAGAUUACUGUUAUAUGUUAAACUCAUCUUCUCAUGUUUUUAAUUUUUCUGUGUCACAGAACCUAAAUUGGUAAUAAAUCAAUAAGAAACAAAUGUUUACAUUCACUCAGUGAAAAGUAUCAUGUCUAAACUCAACAUAUAUCGGAGCCACACAUGGACAUCUCUCCCGCCUCUGCUAAGAGCAGAAAAUGAACGAAUCCCAGGAACAAGUGUCUUUCAAAGAUGUAUGUGUGGACUUCACCCAGGAAGAGUGGUAUUUGCUGGAUCCAGCUCAGAAGAUUUUAUACAGAGAUGUGAUCUUGGAAAAUUACAGCCACCUUCUCUCAGUAGGGUAUUGCAUUACUAAGCCAGAAGUGAUCUUCAAGAUAGAGCAAGGAGAAGAGCCCUGGAUAUUAGAGGAAGGAUUCCCAGGCCAUUCUCACCCAGAAGACUGGAAAGUUGAUGACCUGAUAGAGAGCAGCCAGGAAAAUCAAGAUGAACAUUUUUGGCAACUUGCUUUCACCACCAACAAAACAUUAAGUACAGAUAGUGGUGAUAGAGUAAGGAAAACUUUCAAUCUGAGUACAGACUCUGUUCCUUCAAGAAAUUUUCCACAUAAGAUAUGUGACUCAUGUGAAAUGAGUUUGAAAAAUAUUUCAGGCUUAAUUAUUAGUAGAAAGAACUAUUCUGGAAAGAAGCCUGAAGAGUUUAAUGUAUGUGAGAAGUUGCAUCUUGAUAUUAGGCAUGAGAAAACUCCUAAUGGAGGGAAAUCUUACAAAUAUAAUCAAAAAAGGAAUGUCCUCAGUCAUAGCCAGGCUCUCUCUCAGUCAAUUUUUCACCAGCCUUUUGAGUAUAAUGAAAAUGGACAAGGCUUCCAUGAGGAGGCAGCCUUUUUCACAAACAAGAGAACUCAGGUAGGAGAGACACUGUGUAAAUAUAAUGAGUGUGGAAGAACCUUCAUCCAAAGUUUAAAGCUCAAUUUGUCUCAGAGAACUCAUUUGGAAAUGGAGCCAUGUGAAUGCAGUAUUUGUGGGAAGUCUUUCCAUACGGAUUUAAGAUUGGGACAUCAGAGAGCUCUUACAGGGGAGAAUCCUUAUGAAUAUAAUGAAUAUGGGCAAAUCUUCUGUGACAAUUCAACUUUCAUUAUCCAUCAGGGAACUUACACAAGAAAGAUUCCCCAUGAAUAUAAAGUAAGUCAGAAAAUGUGGGAGAAGUCAGCCCUCUUUAAACAUCAGGUAGUUCACAUGAGGGAAAAACCUUAUGAGCAUAAUGAAAAUGGAAAUAAUUUCAACAAGAAGUCACCUCUCACCCAGCUUCGAAGAGGUCACUCAGGAGAAAAAACCUUCGAAUGUGGUGAAUGUGGGAAAACAUUCUGGGAGAAGUCAAACCUUACUCAGCAUCAGAGAACACACACAGGAGAGAAACCCUAUGAAUGUACUGAAUGUGGGAAAGCCUUUUGUCAGAAACCACAUCUUACCAACCAUCAGCGAACACAUACAGGAGAAAAACCCUAUGAAUGUAAGCAAUGUGGAAAAACGUUCUGUGUGAAGUCAAACCUCACUGAACAUCAGAGAACACAUACAGGGGAGAAACCUUAUGAAUGUAAUGCAUGUGGAAAAUCCUUCUGCCACAGGUCAGCCCUAACUGUACAUCAGAGAACACACACAGGCGAGAAACCCUUUAUAUGUCAUGAAUGUGGGAAAUCCUUCUGUGUGAAGUCCAACCUCAUUGUACAUCAAAGAACUCACACAGGGGAGAAACCCUAUAAAUGUAAUGAGUGUGGGAAAACCUUCUGUGAGAAAUCAGCUCUCACUAAACAUCAAAGAACUCACACAGGGGAGAAACCCUAUGAGUGUAAUGGAUGUGGGAAAACCUUUAGUCAGAGGUCAGUACUCACUAAACAUCAGAGAAUUCACACAAGGGUGAAAGCUCUUUCAACAUCCUGAAUGUUCAGAAGCCUUCAUCCACCCUUUCUAAUUUGUUGUACAUAGUUUUAGAAAAUGAGAUUAAUGAAACCCAAAGAAUGCCACAAGUGACUAGAAAGUGACAUCUCAUUGUACUUCAGAUAAUUAAUACUAGAGUAAAACCUUAUUAAUGUUUUGAAUAUGUGAAAGCUUUCAAGAAAAAUUAAAACUUUUCAUCAGAAAAUUUGUGCUGAGGGGAAAUUUAUUCAUUUAAGUCAUGUGGUAAAAAUCUUUAGGAUUUAUGUUGUAUAGUGGAUGUGAUGCCAAAAUUUUAUUGUAAAUAUAAUGGAUAAUAUUCAUUUAUACCCAUAUUCACAGUGGAAUCUGAAGCUUAAAAAAGGUUGAAUGGCAACAGCAUUAAACAUUUAUGUGAAGAGUCCCUGAUGUUUGCGGGCCUUAUGUGAGUAUGCUAAUAUAACAGAAAUUUGAGGUAUGCUUGAUUUGUAUAUGGGGGCCCAAUAUACUUGUGAAGAGAAAAUAUAAACCCUUAGUUAAGUAACUUUAUGGUCUAUAUUAAUAUUUCCCAAAAUAAAUGCCACCAGUGUCUUUAUAGGUUGACAUAAUUAUACAUGUGUAUAUAUGUAUAUGUAAAUAUGUUUAUACACAUAUAUCCACACAUACAGUGGUGUGCUAGUGUGAGCUCAUACUGGCUUGCAAGUACUGCUGAUUUUUAAAUUUUCAGGAAUUUUGUGAGCCAGUUGUUAAAUAGAGUCAUUAUUUAAAAAUUAUAUAAACUUACAAUUAAAUUAUAUUAAAAACAAAGGUAAUAAAUACUCAACAAUCAUCACUUCAUAAUUAUUUUGUAACGUUUUGCUGUUAUCUCUGUUCUUUAGGUUACUUGUAUUAUGGAACCUGCAUGAUGAACAUGCUGUAUAAUGGUGUGCCACUGCACAUCUCCAACUGAAUGUGCCAACCCCACAUUCAGUGCCGUCAUGUUGAUAGCUUGGCUUUACUGGGAGUAUUUACACCAUGGAAAUUGGCAAACUCUACAAAUCAGGGUUUUUAUUUUCUCAGAGAACCUGUUGUUAAAUAUUUACAGUAGCACACCACUGUGUAUAUAUGAAAAUACAUUUGGAAAAUUCUAAGUACAAACCACAUAGCCCUUCUCCUAUUUCCUGACAUAAAUAAAUGGCUAUGGCCAUAAUUACUGAACUGCCUCUUCAGUAAAGAAGCCAAAAUAUGUUUUUUUGAGGUUUUUAACUACCUCUGCAUCAGUCCUCUUCUAAAUAUCACGAGUCUCUUUAUAGUGUGGCCAGUAUGUUAUUUUACAACCACAUCACCUACCUUUUCUCUCACUUUGCUGGCAUCUAUGAAUGAGUAUGGCCAUUAUUACUGAACUACCACUUAUAUAAAAAAGCCAAAAAAUAUUCUUGUGAGGUUUUUCAGCUGCCUCUGGGUCAGUCACUAAUGUAAAUGCGUUAAUAAUGAUAUUUAUAUAAAUUUCAGAAAUGUUAACAUCAGUUAUGAACAGUAAUACUUACUGCACUCUACAAAUAAAAAGUAGUAGUAUGUAAUGAAAUGCCUCUCUCAUACUCUUGGUAUCUCAUUGCUGUAUCUAUUUAGGCAUAAUAUGUGUAACCUGAGUUGUAUGUAACCCAGGAACUAUGUAUUUCUAUUUAAUUUAAUAGAGUGUCAUAUACCAUCUCUGUCUCCUUUGUCCUGCUCUUACCUGUGCUUCCUUGGAACACAUGGAUAAGCAGCUCCAAGAGACACUGCCCACCUACCAGACAUUCCCUACUUCUUAGGUACUGGGCUCUGUUUUGUCUCUUUGUCCAUCCUUCCCCCAGAUGAUUUAGGGCUAAAUUCAGAUUAGUCUAAGUUAAUUAUGAAGAUUCUAUUCUAAAGAUUUUGUUGGGGUGGACAUGUGAGCAGUGAAAUGUUUGGAAAAUAUUCUGCAGUGCUUCUGGGAGAGAUCUGAGUGAUAAAAUAUUGUCAUGACAUAAGAAGAGAUUGUCUUUCUUCUGCUGGACUUUUUCGUGUCUGUAUGUUACAGCAGAUUACAGCAUGUGGCCCUGAAGGGCUAAAAUAGCCUGACGAUAACAGUACACUCCUGGCUCAGAGGUGGCAUUACUGCCACCACUGCAUAGCUCUAUCUGGACCUGCUCUCUACUAAGUCUUUGUAUUACUGCGUUAACAGUGCUUUCUUAUUUAUCCUUAGGGCUGUCUGUUAUUUAGAGCUGAAAGCAUUCCCCCUGAACAGACAAAUUCUUUUCUAAGUGUUAAUGUUCUAUACAGCAAUUUUGGAGAAAAAUUCUUUUGACAAAUUAAUAUAGGGAUGGCUAUUUGUAUCAGCCAUGGUUCUGGUGAAAAACAGAAUUCUACUCCAACUAAGAAGAUUUUAAUGGCAGAUUUAUUACAGUGGUUUGGGCCAGAAACAAGGAAUAUUGAAGCAACUAGCAUCAAUAUUGAAGAGACUAGCAUCAGCAGGAAGCCAUUACCAUCCUAAGUCCUAAAGGGGGAAAGGAUGGAAACAAGUGUUACCAGAGCCCAAUAAGAGCUGCCCUCAUGGAGGAGGGGCCACCUCAUAGGAGAUACUGUGGCACCAAAUUGCUGGUGCCUCCCUUUGGAGAAUCCAACCAGAUCCCAUCUACAGGUGAGCCCAGGUGGGCAGAGAAGGUCUGGGUGGAGCCAAUGGAGAAUAAGCAGCGCAGUGUUUUUUAUUCCUGUAAAUUCCUGUGUUAAAUGCUCAGUAUUAGAAAUAAAGUUAUUCUACUAGUUGAAAGUCAUGCUUCUGCUUCAUUGUGCUUUUGUAUUGUCAUAAGUAAAUUCCUUUUGGAACUGAGCACUGUGGCAGGUAUGUUUGUCCUUUGAUAUACAUAAAGCAGACAUUAUGUCAAGUUGCAUUUUUCAUAUGUCCUUCUGUGAUGUUUCUUGUUCUAUGUGGUGUGAGGUAAGCAGCUCUCUGUUCUUCCAAAUAAAGAGCCAGUUGUGUCUGCAUUGUU